AUGGCAACUGCAAUUACAAUUGACAACACCACUGUGCCAUUUCGCCCCAUUUUCGAGGACAACAUAGCCUUCUUCCCAGAUCCCCAGCAAAAUGAAACGGAUUUUUAUCCCGAAAUUAGCCGCAUGGUUCGUGUUAUUGUCCCACUGUGUUUCGGCGUUAUAGCUGUGACCGGCUUCUUUGGCAACAUUCUGGUCAUAUUGGUGGUGCUGCUGAAUCAGCAAAUGCACUCAACAACAAAUUUACUGAUUGUCAAUUUGGCCAUGGCUGAUCUUUUGUUUGUCGUCUUUUGCAUUCCAUUCACAGCCACAGACUAUGUGGCCGAUACUUGGCCUUUUGGUGAUCUAUGGUGUCGAAUAGUUCAAUAUUUGAUAGUUGUCACAGCAUUUGCCAGUAUUUAUACGUUGGUGUUGAUGUCAAUUGAUCGCUUUUUAGCUGUCGUCCAUCCCAUAAGAUCGCGAAUGUUACGCACGGAGAAAAUAACGAAAAUUUGCAUUUGCACCAUAUGGGGUGUUAUAUUGGCGAUAUCGUUACCAGUAGCCGCAACACAUGGAGUUGUGCACCUGGAAGGACCCAACUACAACCUGGAAAUGUGUCAGUUUAUGCAAAACAGUUUCCUAUCACUGUCCGUCUAUCAGAUCAUAUUCUUUGCUAGCUCAUAUCUAGUGCCGCUAAUGGUCAUUAGUGGUCUCUAUAUGCGGAUGAUUACAAGUCUAUGGCGACAUGGUACCUCCGUACGAAUGUCCAUGGAAUCGCAACGCGGACGAAAACGUGUAACACGUUUGGUUGUUGUUGUGGUGAUAGCAUUUGCCUCAUUAUGGCUACCCGUACAGUUAAUUUUACUAUUAAAGGCACUGGACAUCUAUCAGACGACAACCAAGUUGACGGUGAUAUUGCAAAUCAUCGCUCAAACUUUGGCCUACACCAGUUCCUGUAUCAAUCCUGUGCUCUAUGCCUUUUUGUCGGAUAAUUUUCGCAAAGCCUUUCACAAGGCCAUCAAUUGUACAAAGCGUUACCAGGACUACUCAUCAGAUUUGCCACCAGCGAGGAAAACGUCAUAUGCGCGUACAUCGACGACAGGCGUCUAAAGAAGGAGUCUAAUUACUUAGUUGGUCACUUU